AUGGACAAGUCGUCGAAGGGUCUCGAGACCCAGGUCUAUGCAGACGAUAUCCCAGACGGUGGGGCUGUGGUGAGCGAGAAAGAUGGCACCAUGGACGAUGUCAAGGAUAUGCAGCGUAUGGGUAAAGAACAACAGUUCAGGCGAAACUUUGGGUUCCUCUCCAUCAUGGGUUUUGCUAUGAUUCUGAUGAGCACGUGGGAAAGCCAAUUGGGUACUGCUGGAUUCGCUCUGGGCAAUGGUGGCACUGCCGGCCUCGUGUAUAUGUACAUUGCAAGUGCCAUUGGCAUGUCCCUCAACAUCGUCUCAAUGGCUGAAAUGGCCAGUAUGGCUCCCACGGCAGGUGGACAGUACCAUUGGGUGUCUGAGUUCGCACCACCACGAGCCCAAAAGUUCAUUUCUUACUUCAUCGGAUGGGUCUGCGUGCUCGGUUGGCAAGCAGGAGCCGCGUCCAGUACUUUCCUCGCCGCCACCGAGAUCCAAGGCCUCAUCGUCCUGAACUACGACAGCUACGUCUACAAAUACUGGCACGGCACAUUGCUGACCAUCGCCAUCACGCUGGUCUGCGGCUUCUUCAACACCGUCCUGGCCAAGAGACUCCCUCUCGUCGAAGGCCUCGUCCUGUUCUUGCAUAUCGCUGGGUUCUUUGGCAUCCUCGUUCCCCUGUGGGUUCUGGCUCCGCGAACUCCGUCACACCAGGUCUGGACCGUCUUCGAAGACGCCAAUGGCUGGGGGAACAUCGGCCUGGCGUGCUUGGUGGGCAUGAACAGCCCCGUGCUCUCGCUGCUCGGCGCCGAUGCUGCGACACACAUGUCGGAGGAAUUGAAGAACGCCAGCAAAGUCCUUCCACGAGCCAUGGUCUUCACGGCCAUCUUCAACGGGACAUUGGGUUUCAUCAUGGUCAUCACCUUCUGCUACACGGUCGGGAACGUCGAGCAAGUCCUCUCCACGCCCACGGGAUACCCAUUCAUCCAGGUGUUUUACAACGCCACGCAAUCCAAGGCCGGCGCCACGGCCAUGGUGUCGAUCAUGAUUGCGCUGAGCACGUUCGGCGCCAUGACCAACAUGGCGACGGGUUCGCGACAGAUCUUCGCCUUUGCCCGCGACCGAGGCGUCCCCUUUAGCAACUGGUUCGCCUACGUGCCCGACGGGUGGGACAUUCCCCUCAACGGCGUCAUCUUCACCGUCGUGGUAUCCUGCCUCUUGUCGCUCAUCAACAUCGGCUCGCAAAUCGCCUUCAACCAGCUCACCUCCCUGGGCCUCUGUGCGCUGCUAUCCUCCUACAUCGUCUCCAUCAGCUGCAUGGCCCUCAAGCGCAUCCGCAAAGAGCCCCUGCUGCCGUCCAAGUUCUCCCUCGGUCGUUACGGCCUAGCCAUCAACCUCCUCUCCGUGGGUUUCUUGUUGUUGGCCUUUGUCAUGAUCUUCUUCCCGCCCGGACCGAACCCGACGCCGCAGACCAUGAACUGGGCCGUUCUCGUCUACGGAUGUGUCGUCAUCUUUUCUCUGACGUAUUAUGUUUUCCGUGGGAGGUUCAGAUAUGCUGGCCCCGUCGAAUAUGUCAGGAAGACGGUUUGA